AUGGAAAUGCCACACAAUAUCACAGAAUUUUUCAUGCUGGGACUCUCACAGAAUGCAGAGAUACAGCGGGUCCUCUUUGUGUUUUUUUUGAUCAUCUAUGUGGCCACGGUGUGUGGCAACAUGCUCACUGUGGUCACUAUCACCUCCAGUCCCAUGCUGGCUUCCCCCAUGUAUUAUUUCCUGGCCAACUUGUCCUUUAUUGACACCUGUUAUUCGUCCUCUAUGGCUCCUAAACUCAUUGCUGACUCCUUGUGUGAGGGGAGAGCCAUCUCUUUUGAGGGCUGCCUGGCUCAGCUCUUUGGAGCCCAUUUUCUGGGAGGUGUUGAGAUCAUUCUGCUCACGGUCAUGGCCUAUGACCGCUAUGUGGCCAUCUGCAAGCCCCUGCACUACACGACCAUCAUGACCAGGCAUCUCUGUGCCCUGCUGGUGGGGGUAGCUUGGUUCGGAGGCUUCCUGCAUUCCCUGGUCCAGCUCCUCCUGGUCCUUCAGCUGCCCUUCUGUGGGCCUAAUGUGAUCAAUCACUUUGUCUGUGACUUGUACCCCUUGCUGGAAGUCGCCUGCACCAACACGUAUGUCAUCGGCGUGCUGGUGGUCGCCAACAGUGGUGUGAUCUGCCUGUUGAACUUCCUCAUGCUGGUUGCUUCCUAUGCUGUCAUCCUGCGUUCCUUGAGGUACCAUGGUGCGGAGGCGAGACGUAAAGCCCUGUCCACCUGUGGGGCUCACUUCACUGUUGUUGCCCUGUUCUUUGUGCCUUGUAUAUUUAUUUAUAUGCGGCCAUCAUCUACUUUGUCCAUAGACAAAAUAGUGUCAGUUUUUUAUGGUAUUUUGACACCUAUGUUGAAUCCACUCAUUUAUACCCUAAGAAAUGAAGAGGUAAAAAAUGCCAUGAGAAAGCUCUUCACUCAGUAA